UUUCUUCUCAUCCGCUGGAUUCCACCAAUACGCUUGGAUGUGAAUUCAGCAUCCUUCCUGACACAGUGGUAUAUCUGGGAGGGAAAAGAAUAAAUCUAUUGGAGUAAAAAAACUUUACAACUAAACUGAGGCUCCUUCUCACCUACCUUCCACCUCAAACUGAUUGGUCCACUUUCCUUCACGUAACUAACCUCUCAGGUAUCCUGUAAAGUAUAUGCCCGGGUUUAGUUAUGCUAAACCUAUUGGAGGGACGCACUUGAAAGAAUGAGAUCAACAUGAGGUUCCUCCCCUCAGGCUUGCUCUAGAGAUCCCAUUUCCUUUGGGGACAGGAGCCUUUCAGCAUCUUCAGGAACUCAUUGCAAUGAGCAAGGUCAGCACAGGUCACAGUCAGGCCAUGUGAAAGGUGAGACUGUCUGGUUCUCUAAUGCUCUCAUCAUGUUCAUUUUCCUUACAAAGGGAAAAGAAGGAAAAGGGAAAGUUGUGACCAAAGCCCACAAUGACACCUAUGUAGCAGUAGGUGACAAAGGAAUGAAAGUAGCAGCUCAGAGCUCAUCAGCCUCUGAGGGAAUUAGCCUUCAAGAACCAGCGGGUCUGGAUGAGUGGGCCCAGGCAGCGCUUUGUCAGUGGCAAAGGGUUAGAGAUGAUGGGAGAGGAUAUGGAUGGCCCAGGAAAGGAGAGACGGCAGUGCUUUGUCUCUGGGAUCAGCAAGGAUGGUUGCAGGAUUCGCUUCACAGUACAAAUGCUUGAACAUGUUUUAGCAUCUUUUCUCUGUUCUUAAGCCUCAGAAGGCACAAUCUUCGAGGGAGCCUGUAGAAGGAUAAGCUUUCACCUAGAAAACCUCUGACUGCCUCCUGACCAUCCACUUCCCUAGGAAUUCGCUGAGCUCGCCAAUGGGCAGCACGGGGUGUGCAGCAGAGCUGGCGAUUGCAGCUGCGGAGGUGAGGAGUGCAGUGCGAGCUGAGCGGGAAGAGCCCCUUGCCAUGGCUGAGGCCGCAGAGGCACGGAAUGCUCCGAAUGCCAGUGGCUGAGGGAGCCACGGCGGCUGCUGCUGGACGAGCGAGAAACGCAGCAGGAGCAUUUCAGGCACGGCAAGGACAGGCCAUUGCUCUGCCUGCUGCCGCUGCUGCUCCCGCUGCUCCCGCACACAGUCGUUUCCGGCACCUCUGUUCUCUCGCCGCUGCGACGUGCUUUCUGCCUCUUCCUCACUCAGCAAACACGCAGCUUGCUCUCGCCAUGCACCUCGCACAUCUCAUCCUCACCGUCUUCCUGGCACAGCUCCUCGUGGCUUCAGUCAGAGCCCAGGUGCAGCAGGAGCCUUUCCUGGAGACCACCGAGGACACCGGCAUCAGAAUCAACUGCUCACACCCUAAAAAACGGGCGGUGGAUUUCAUCCAGUACUACCGUCAGCUCCCAGGCGAAAACCUCAAAUUCCUCGCAUCGACUGCUACAAAUCCCAAGGAUGUGCCGGACAUUGCAGGAAAGCUGUCGGUGUCGGAGGACGGGCAGAGCAGCGCGCUGUGGCUCAGGCGGCCUCGGCGCGGGGACGCGGCCGUGUAUUACUGCGCGCUGGUGGCACGGGCAGAGGAGCCGGGGCUGCGGCCGGGCACGAACCGGGGCGGGCGGGGCCCGCAGGGGCCGGGGGCACAGCGCCGCCCGCGGCCAGCAGGGGGCGCUGCCGCUCCGCCCGCCGGGCCCCAGGCGGCUCCGCAGCUCCUUCAGUGCCCCGAGCCCGCGCACAGCGACAGCGCCCAGCCCGCCACGGUAAAGAACCUCUGA